ACCCAAGUUAAAUUUGGUGUAGAGAAAAGUGACAAGCAUGGUGAAACCUAUACUUGAAGAUACUGUAAAACUGUUGAUGUCAAAGACAAGUUCAGAAAGGUGUUGGAAAGUAGCAGAUUUGGGAUGCUCUUCCGGACCAAAUUCACUCUUAUUUGUGUCAAAUAUGUUGAGCAUAAUGGAUAAUGUUAACCUGAGCUUAAACCAGCGUACGCCACGUGUAUUGCAAAUUUACAUGAAUGAUCUAUUUGGAAAUGAUUUCAAUAGCAUCUUCAAGUUGAUCCCCGACUUCUUCCAAAGAAUACAUGAAGAAAAAAACGACAACCAUGUACGAUGUUUUAUUCAUGCAACACCUGGAAGCUUCUACGGAAGACUUUUUCCUGAUGAUUACAUCCACUUCUUUCAUUCUUCUUACAGUCUUCACUGGCUAUCACAGGCACCAAAAAGCUCGAGAAACACAGACGAACCACUCAACAAGGGAAAUGUUUAUAUAACAAGUACAAGCCUUCCUUCCAUCCGUGAAGCAUACUUUAGCCAAUUUGCAAAUAAUUUCGAACUUUUUCUAAAAUCACGUUCAGAGGAAGUAAAGUCAGAUGGUAUUAUGGUACUUACAUUCAUCGGUAGAGAUGAAACCCAUAAAAUUGGUAAUCCUGCAGAGGUAUUUGGAAUGGUACUCAAUGACAUGGUCCAAGAGGGUCUACUUGAAGAGAAAAAAUUAGACUUCUUUGAUCUACCUAUAUAUGGUCCCACUGCUGAAGAAGUUAGACAAGUGAUUGAAGAAGAAGGAUCCUUUGCCAUUCAAACAUUGAGGACUUUCAACAUAGGUUGGGAUGCAAAUCUUCACGAGGAUGUCGAUGAUUCUAUACUUGAUAGCAAAAUGAAAGGAGAGUUCGUAGCCAAGUCCAUUAGAGCUGUUUUUGAACCUCUUUUGUCAGUUGAGUUUGGGGAAGAUACCACGGAUGAAUUGUUCAAAAGAUUUGAAAAGAAAGUUUCCCAACUCAUUGAAUUUCAGACUUUGGAGUAUACUAAUGUGUCACUGUCCAUGGUCAAAGUUUCUUGAAGAUAUAUAUUUUGUUGGGUUAAUUAUAAUCAAAUGUUUUGGAUGAGUUAGUUAUUUUGGAUUUUUACUAUAAUGUUUUGAGUUAAAUAUUCAAUUCAUUGUAACUUUAUAUUUCUUUAUAGGAGAAACUUUCAUUAUGUUAGUUUAGUAGCCUUGUAACUGUGGAGUCUUAUCUAUUUAGUUCUAUA